CUGCUAGCAGAAUGUCUUCUCUCUUUUGUUUCUUGGCUUUCUUCCUCGCUGUGCAGAACAUCGAUGCAGAGCGUCCGAUUGAAGUAAGAGUGAUAACCAAUCAGCUGUUCCAUCGCCAUUUGAAUGACAUGCAUAUAAAAGUGUUCAGAAAUAUGCUGGACGAGUACAUCGGCACUAAAGGUAUCAAUUUUGCGGAAGAGGAGAUUCAAGAGAGGAUUGUGGACGAGGGAGGCAUGUUCGCUGUUCGCUACAUUCUGCGUGAUUUUGACUGCGAUGAGCUGAUCGAACUUGCACGUGAUGGUAAAAGCAGGACCGACUUUGUAUCAGCCGUCAAAAUCAAGUGCCCGUGCAGAUCCGAGAUUGUGAUUGAUUCUACAAAUAUGAACCAAUAUGAGAACAUGAAUCAGUAUCAAUAAAUGAUAAUUAACUGCUGUUGGUCUGUG